AUGUCCGACCUCAGCCCCAUCUCCUCCCCCAAGAAACGCGCCAUGUCCGCGCCCGACCUCGACUUCACCCACCUCGCCUUCACCGAGUCCCGCGUCCUCGCCACCGACGGCACCCGCUCCUUUUCCGACGCCCACACGCGCGUCCCCACCUCCUCCACCACCGACAACAGCGCCGAGUACCAUGACGCCGAAGAAGCGCGCGACGAGCCCUCGCCCCUCAAGCAGAAGCAGCAACUCUUCGCCGAUGGCCUCGACGACGACUGGCGCGUUGCCUUCGCGUCCAAGCCGCCAAAGCUGCCGGACGCCAUGGGCAUGGCGGAGCGCGCCGCAGGCGGUUGGAUCGACGUGCAUACGAUCCGCAAGCUGCUCCCAGGCCCGGCGCGCGGAGCGGUGGCGCGCGCGAAGCUGUACAUGGUCCGCAACGGCUCGGAUCGUCUGGAGAAGCUGGAGGUCUUCACGGAUCGCGAUCACUUGUAUGUGUCGGCGCCGGCGGGGGGGAGGGGACGGGACUUUUGGCUGUUUAGUCUGAAGCGGGAUGGGAAAGUCCGCGUCUGGUACCGCGAGCUCCACGGCAUGGUCACCAUCAUCCUCUCCUCGCCGGACGGGAAGGGGUGCUGCGACUUCCGCGCGCCCAAGGAACUCCAGCCUUAUAUGUUUGCGCCCUUCUUGAGGAUUCUCGCCGACCGGAUCCAUGCACUGUCGGAUAUUGUCCUGGAUGAUUCUGAGUGA